CGGAGUAAAACCAUAAACGAACCCUCUCAAUGACUCCGUCGUUUGUCAGCGUAGCAAAGUAAGCCUUACGUCGCCCUACAUUGUCAGCUAUCGUUUCAAUACCCCCCCCGGCGGAUAGGUUUGUAUUUGUAUAUAUAGUUAUUGUCGUAAGGUUAAGGUAAUCAUUCCUGGGAAAAAUGGCAGAAAGCGACUGGGACACUGUGACUGUGUUGAGGAAGAAGGGUCCGACUGCUGCCCAGGCCAAAUCUAAGCAGGCUAUCACAGCUGCACAGAGACGUGGAGAAGACCUCGAUACUACCAAGAAAUGGUCUGCAGGGCAGAACAAGCAGCACCUGGUGACCAAGAACACCGCCAAGCUGGACCGGGAGACAGAGGAGCUGCAGCACCUGAGGGUCUCCCUGGAGGUGGGAAAGGUUAUCCAGCAGGGCCGCCAGAACAGUGGCCUCACCCAGAAAGAUCUGGCCACUAAAAUUAAUGAGAAGCCUCAGGUCAUCGCAGACUAUGAGUGUGGGAAAGCAAUUCCCAACAAUCAGGUCAUGGGCAAAAUUGAGAGGGCAAUCGGUUUGAAGCUGCGUGGGAAAGAUAUUGGACUGCCUCUGGAGGCAAAACCAAAGAAGAAAUGAGGACAAAGCCUCGAAAUCAGCCCCCCCUUCCCCUUGUCCCCCAUCUCUAUCCCCACCUUCCUACUCCAGCUAUGACCCUGCCUUCCUUAACUCUCCAACCCCCCCCUCUCUCCCCUAUCACCCUCCUCUACCUGGGCUGAGCUCCACCUGUGUCCUGCUACAGGACCUGGUGAUCCACCACGUUGCAAGCUGCAUAUACUGACAAAUCAUCACAAAUUACUUCUUAUAAUCAAUGAAUGAACAACUGAAUGCAUUGCAAAACAUGCUAACCAAAAGUGCUCUGAAAUGAUUUUUUUUUCUUUCACUUUUUUGGGGGAUGGUUGAAACAGACAAGGUGAAUUUUACCAUGGCCAUGUGCAUCGACUCUAACAUUUUUUCUCUGAACAUGUUCUUUUUAACCAUUUUGAACGUGCUUGAUUGCAGCCUUUUCACACACUUUGCAUAUUGUGUCACUACGAUAUGGAUAUGUCCUACUGCUGUCGCUUGGUUUUGAUCUUCAAAUAAAGUUUGACAGUUUA